AUAUUGUGCUAUGCUGCUUUUUUUAACUGCAGGAUUGGGUCAGUUGUUACAGAUGUAUCUUCUGCAAACUAAACGCAUUUUAGUGCAUCGACCUUAUGUGACCUUCAUUAGUUUAGAGGAGCUUGAUGUAUUUCCAGAUCUUAAUCAUGAAACACUUUCCAUAGCUGAAGACCUAGUAAAAUUGUCCAGUUUUGUAUUAAAAACAAUGUUACCAUUUUGGAUGGCUGCUUUAACAGCUUUCAAGCAAAGCAGGUUUGCUGACUGUAUGAUUCUCUUACUUCCUCAGCUGGAAGUUGGACUUAGAUUGCUCUUCACUACAACUAAUAAAUGUCCAAAUCGAUUGCUAACAGCUGAGUCUUCUGCUCUCUACACCACUUUCGAUGAGAUGCUGGCAAAGCGUUUAGAUAAUGAGGAAGUCAACCAGCUUCCUGCAGUUCUUGAGGAACCUGCCAUGGAAUUUCUUUGGGAUUUCUUGAGCCACCAGGAGGGUCCACGUAUAAGAGAUCGUUUAAGCCAUGGAGAGAUCGAUCUAGAAGCGUUUCCUAGAGAAGUAGCUAAUCAGUUAGUUGCAUUUGCAAUUACCCUUCUCUGCAGGUUCUCAGAUGAGGACAUGUGUGCUUUUAAGGAACACGUGGUCAUAAAACCACUGAUGAACUGUGCAAGUUGCUACCGUUCUCGAUUUCAUCCGAUUUCCCGACUCAAGAAACAGGUGAUGGUAUGUAUGAAGAGCAUUCACUUAUGGCCUGAAUUGCCAACAGUGCCUGAGGAACAUGUUCAAAUGAUUAAAGGGUUGGAAGGAAAUGCUGAAGCUAGUACUUUAAUUUUGAUGAUAUCUGAAAUUAUAUCUCAGUUGCAGCAAUAUAUGCCCCAGAAUUGCUAUAGUUCAGAUGAUCCAAUCAACAGUGUCCUAACAGAGAGGCUGUUGAUUGAACUUUGUGAUAUGCGUAUUUGCACACUUUAUUCUCCGCGACCUGUUCUGGAACUAUUGGUGGUACUCCGUAAAAUAAGCACGCAGUGCCAUCAAGUGUCUGAACAAGUUAUUGCCAGCACUGAGUUGAGAUACGAACAGUGGAUGAACAAGACUCUACGUUCUCGCCAGAGGCAUAACUAUCUACGAAUGUUGAACAGCAUUAAAUUGUUGUCUCCGGUGUUGCGGCUCAUCUUAGUGUUGAUUACUCUGGAACUAGUCAACGUUCAUUUGGUUUGUAAGAAGAACCCUUUUGAUUAUCAGCAGUAUCUAAAGUUUUUGAAGUCAAUCUUGCAGUAUACUGAGAACUUGGUGACAUACACAAGCCCUGAGAAAAACAAGUGGGAUGAAACCAUGGAGCUUACGAACAAGGCUUUGAUAAAAAUAAGGAAAAUCAGUGACAGAAAGCUGAUGUUAAUGCAGCUAGCUACAUAAAUUAAAUGGGGUUAAGAUUGUUUGGACUCUUGUAUCCUAAGAGUUCUGGAGUCCUCAAGUUUGACAAGUCUAAUUCAAAGGCAAACUUCAUCA